CGAGAUAAAUUGAAGUUACAUAUUCAUAAUUCACGAUAAGAUAUUUUAUCACAAAACUUUAACUUUUUUUUUAGAAUUCUUUUUUUCCAAAGCACCUGAUUGACUAUGACUACACCAGAAGUUGACAUUAGAAACGUAAAACGAGUUUGAAAUAAUUCUUUUAUCAUCAGCAAGAUGACCAUCGGUGUGUAAAUAUACAACAUUGAAAAUGGCGGGGGCUAUGCCCCAAUUGGCCUCUACAAAAAUUGGCCAGGCCAUAAAAGAUGGAAACUUUAGAGAACUUAAGCUUCUCAUUGAGAGUGGGGAAAAUGUUCAUUUCAAGGACAGGAAAGAUAACACUUAUCUACACUAUGUAUGCACCAUGUAUAGACCAGUGGUGUUUCACAUUCUAGCUGCCCAAGGCAUAGACAUCAACAGUCAAAACAAGUUCGGAUACACCCCUCUCCAUGUGACGGCUCUACAGAAGGACAGUCUUCAUGUGGCUGAUGUCAUGUGUUGUGGGGCGGACCCCAACAUCAAAUGUUAUAUUGGAAAGACAGCAGCAGAACUUGAUCCUAAGAACAUAUAUUGGCAAAUGGUGUACAAGAAAUAUAAGCCAGGAAUAUUCCAUGCAGUAAAGGUUCAUGAUGUGGAGACAGUCAAAAAAUUAUUAAACUGUUGGUGCAAAAUGGAUUCUAAAUAUAAUGGGCAGACACUGAGGCAGUAUGCUGCAGCUCACAAGCAUCAUGACAUUGUCAGGAUACUGGACCAGCACAAAGCUACUCUGGAUGUGAUUUAUGGUUGUCUAGAACUGAAUUAUGGCAGAGUCAGAGCAGCCCUGAAAAAGUCAUGGUGUAGAAUUAACUUCCUGAACAAGGCCUCCAGGAAGCAGCACAUUUUACAGUUUGCUAUAGAGAUGAAGGACCACACCCUAGUCAAAAUGCUGUGUGACGCUGGAGCAGACGUCAACAUGCUGGUUCUUGUCCAUGACUACUUCAUGGGCUUUCAUGAGUUAAAGGGUCCCUUGUACUAUGAAGUGAUUAACACUGAAACACCACCAGACAUCAUGUGGACUGUGCUAAAGGCUAAUGUCAACUUUAACCUUAAAGAUGAGAGAGGAAGAAAUGCUAUGACAUAUGCAUUAGACAAAGGGAAUGGAUUUCUACCAACAGAAGUGUUCAAAUUCAUGCUGAGAAACGGAGCCUACCUUGGAGACAGGGAUGAUACAGGAGUAGGUGUCCGUGAGAUUGCUAAGUUUGCUAGGCGGCUGGAUGUGGUCACGCUGAUAGACAAGUACUACAUACAAGUGAUCCGAAAAUCAGACAUGGAGUUAAUGAAGAAGCUAUCAGUGGACGGUUAUGGUGGACUGCUGAUAAAUUUUAAUUAUAGGGACUCUUACAUCUAUGCUGCUGGGAAUGACACUGAUGAAGUUUUAAAGUUUAUAGAGUGGUUACCAUCAUUUCAGGAACAAGUGAGGCUGCUCCACCUGGCCAUCAGAGAGGAACCACUCAGUGAAUUUUCUUCCAUUCUUCACAGCUGUACAGAACCAGAGAUGUUAAUCAAUUCUAAAGACAAGGGAUUGCGGACUCCACUGAUUUUAGCUACACUGUUUGCCAGGGAGGAUGUAAUCAAUUUCAUACUGAAACAGCCAUACCAGAUUGAUAUUAACGCCCAGGACUGUUGCAAGAGAACAGCGUACCAUUAUACCUUCGUCCUGGAUCUAGAUGGAGAGAGUAUCCGCAAAUCUUUGGAACAGGCCGGGAUAGACAAGGCUCUUUUGGAUGUGAAAGGUAGAAGAGGAGAAGAUUUUGCCGAGUUUACUAAGAAGCAGGAAUGGAUUGAUGAAGAGAUCACAGCUAAAUAUGGAAUGGAAUUAGAACUUAUGUGUGUUGAAAAGUAUGAAGACCUAAGAAAAGUGAUUCGAUCUAAACAGAAAGGAUUAAAAGAAUUCAUCGAUUUGAUACGAGAUUUUCCUGUGCCAGUGACCGCAUUUCCUAAUAUACUUGGCCCAUUGAUGUCCUCCUAUAGGGACGUCAUAUUUCUAGCUGUAGAUUACGGUAAAGAAGACAUAGCAGUCAGACUGGCACACCUAGGGGCAGACUUAUUCAGGAAAGAGUGUUAUAAAAGGAAGAGCAAGGAGGGCCAGGAAGUGAUUGUUGCAAUGGAUGUUGUGGAAAGGGCUGCAACUCUAAAAAUGGUGGACCUAGUCAAUAUUCUCGCCAAGAAGCAGAUGCGCCAGAAUGAAAUCAACAAACCGUUAGUGCCAAGACGCGCUCAGUCCAAACUACAGAUGGGGUUGUCUAUGAAGUCAAGGGUCUUUGAACAGAUAUUUGUGUCUCAGAUACCAAUAACUAUAUAAUUUGUUCAUUGUUAAAAUCUAUGCAUACAGAUUGCCUUUAUAUACUAGUACGUGUAUAUUUAUUGAUAUUAGAUAUACAUGUGCGAUUUAUUUUAUUGUGGGUUCAUGGUGAAAGUGCAUGUACUGACUUUUUGUUGCAUUGAUUUAAAAAAAAACAAUUUCGUGUUUGAGGACAGGUCAUUGCUACACAGUGGUAGAUUUCAUUGUACUGCAUUAUCAAUGUAUGAUUUAUAGUAUAUAAUAUGUACAUAUUGAGGAGCUGACUUCAGUAUCUGUGAUAAAACUUGUGUAUGUUGUGUACCUCUUUAUUUUUUUUUUUUAUACAUAACUUUGUAUCAAAGCUGCAUUAAAAUUCUUUUAACUGACACAAGCUCAUACAAAUGUGGCCUUCAAGUUUGUAAUAUUUUAAAUCUGUGCAUUUUGAGGAACACCGAUAGAUUGAUCGUGUAGAAUAAAUACUGUUAGAGGAAGAACAGUUCAUUAACAGCACAAGAUUAUUUAUGUCAUAAUAUAACAUGAACGUAAAAUAUGACCUCUUUAAGCCUGACAAUUGAAAAAGAUUAUAAAUUUGAAAAUGUAAACUACUGACAUUGUAAACAAUGUCUGUAAAUAAUGACAACAAUACUUUAUGUCGGAUUUUUUUUUUUUAAUAAUCUCUGCAAUAGCAUACAUAAGGUACAACCUGAACAUAUAACAUGCAAAAAAUCAUAAUAAAUAAAUACAAUAAAUGAAGUAUACAUUUGUAGAUGACCACAAAACAAUACAAACAUGCAUGGAAAAAGAGGCUUAGCAUCAGUUUUCAAAUAUAUAGGAAUCAAAUCAAAGGCAUUUUGAAAGACUAAUUUUUUUUUAAGACCUUUAUAUUUGAGAAGUCAAAUAACCAUGAUUUUCUAGGAAUAUGACAAUAUAUGUUGCCUGCACGAGUGUGACUGCUGAUGCACGUAGAGGGACAAACGCCAGUCAUACCAAUCUCUGCAGUUCUGUCAUGCAUUGAAGGGGUACAAAAAUGUUCCUCAGUAGGUAUAUCAUUUCAUUAACCAUCAACUGAACCAUGCAUUUAAAAAUAGCAGUAAACGAUCUAUAUACAUGUAAAUCAUAUAUUUCAAAAUAAUGCAUUGACAACUUUUCUUUGAGAUCACUCAAUCUUUCAUGGGACAAGACUGAGUAUAUUUAUAAAUAUCACAUCUUCUAAUCUCCAAAAAUAUAGGUUCGGAAAAUGUACAUCCUAACUUCAUAAAUAAAAAUUUUCAGAAAAAAUAAUUUUUUACAUAAAUACUAGAAAUGGAGAAACUGGCCAUAUGGUAUAAAAUUUCGGGGGAGGGGGGCAAUUUUGAAAAGUGGCAUGCAAUCCGGAAUAAAAUCACAAGUAACAUGUAUGCAUCAGUUUAAGAGAAAACAUUUAACCAAGCACUUACUAACUAAAUUCACAAGAUUUUCAAACACAAAAUUAUUGUUUUGUUUGUAAAUCAUGCAUACAUGUACAAAUAUGCAGCAUAUAAGCUAUGUAUACAUACAAAUAAACAACAUUACAGUAUGUAUACUUAAAUAAAUUUCAUUUUUGAAAAUAAAUGAGAGUAUGAGCUGCAACGCUUCACGCCAGCCUGUUUCAUGAAGCAUGUUGGCGCUUCUUAAAAAGUAUGCUAGUGUGAAGCAUUGCGGUCCAUACAGCUGUAUCCUUGUGUAUUCGUUUUUUAUACUGAAUUCUACAGUUAAUUUCUGCCACAAUUCUCGGCCAUUAAAGUAGAUUACUUAUAUAGAUACUUAUCAGUGCUGUAUUCAUACGCACAUUGUUUACAACUGUUGCACAUUCAUGAGGAAAUGCCUAUUAUUACAAUUUGUAAAUAUACCUUGGCAAAAAAUAUUGUAAUUAUGUACAAAUCUACACCAUGUACAGUAUGUAUACUCGCAAAUCUACAGAUUGUACAGAUGCAUACAUACAAAUGUACAGAUGCAUACAUACAAAUAUACAGUAUGUAUACACACAAAUAUACAACAUGUACAGUGUAUACUCACAAAUCAAAGAUGCAUACAUACAAAUAGAAAGAUUUUCAUGCAGUAAAGGAAAUGAAAUUUUGCCAAACAAAAAUUGCAGAGGGAACUCCCAUAUGCUAUGGAAUGCUUGAAAAUUUGUAGACUAUUAAAAGCAAGAAAGGUCUGUUUGAUAAAGAGUUUAACAUAUAUUAAAAUUAAUAUAAGCACCAUUCAAAAUAAUUGUGCAAAUCUGAACAAAGUGCAAAAUAAACAUGACUAAAUUAAAAAAAAAAA